AUGAAAAAUUGGAAAGUAGUAAAGCCACAGACUAAAACAGCAUUAGAGCAGAAAAGAUCAGCACUGGAGCAAGGCAGAGCAGAAAAGAUCCAGAAAAGAGGAACAGCCAGCAGGUUUCUAAGAUUCGGAGGGCUUGUAGCCAUGAUUGCGAUCGUGUAUGCACUUUUGUGCCAAACUAACCUGUGCUGUAGGCUAGGAGACAAAUUGUCAUCUAUCCCUGCACUGCAGCCCAUUCUCACAAAUGUGUACUUUAUCUUUAUGAAGACCCAACUACAACUGGCUGCACUUCGGGCAGAACUAUUAUUGAUCAAGGGGCUUGAGGUAGCACGCUGCGUUCUGCAUAAGGUCUGCAUUGGGGCCUGUGCUCUGUGCCAGAAAGUGCCCGGAUAUAGUAAGUUAAGAGAUGCAUUUAAAAAUUGCAAGCUCUGCCCAUGCAGCACAGCUGUUCUUAAAAGAGUAGAUGAGUAUGGAAGAAAAUUAGUUAAUUCUGUGUGUGAUAAAAUUAAGGAGCUGCAGAGCAAGCACGCCAGCGCAGUUAUUGAAUAA